AUGAUGAACGGAGAUCACGAGACGGAGAUGAUGGACACUGAUUCGGGUGACAAGGCCGACACCGCUAGGGAUUUCCUCUCCGCCGCUCGAAGGCUCGUCGAUCAAGGACAACCUUCUCAAGCUCUUCAAGCGGUAGUUAUGGCGAUGAGAACCCAAGGAGGAGAUGAGGCAGUACUUGAGAUACUGAACCGUACCCGUGAACUCUACAAGCGUAGAAUCCAAGAAACAGCUAGUAUGGACCAGCUUGCUUCUAUAUUUGCUGAGUGUGCCAUUACGGAAGCACAGCCUAUUGGGCAUGAGCCAAGAUCAACAGACAUAUUUGGGACCAAAGAAACAGUUACAGCAGAUGCUCAUGGCAUAUCUAUUCUGGAAAAAAGCGGGAGGUCACAGAUUGUGCUUGAUGCCUUUGCCGAUGGAAGCAGCUUUAUCUGUUUGCAAUGCGGCGGUCUGGUGAGCAUCCACAGGAGAGAUGAACACUAUGCGUACUGGUGUAGCAAUAUGUGA